AUGCGUUACACCACUCUCACCGUUCUCGCUAUUGCCCUUCUCACGGGUAAUGCCUUGACUGCUCCCGCUCCUCAGGGCGGUGCUGGUGCCAUCGGAGGUGGUAACGGGGGAGGUGCCGGCAAUGGAGCCGGAGCCGGAGGCAACACCGGAGGCAACACCGGCAACACCGGCAAUGCUGGUAACACCGGCAAUGCUGGUAACACCGGCAAUGCUGGCAACAACAACAAUAACAACAACGCCGGCAACAACAACCAGCAGCCCCCUCCUCCCCGUCCUACCAACACCAACAACAACCCUAAUAAUGCCAACCCCAACAACGCAAACAACGGAAAUGGUGCGAACGCUGGGAACAACGCCAACAACGCCGGAGCUGCUGGCAACAACGCCGGCAACAACGCCGGCAACGCCAACAAUGCCAACAACGGCAAUGCGAACAAUGUGAACAACGGAGCUGCGGGUGCCAACGGCAAUGCGGCUGGAAACAACGCAAACACCGCCAACAACGGCAACAACGCCGGCAACGGUAACUUCGCCAGAGCCGUGACCCCCAACCAGCAGCCUCCCCCUCCUCCGGCGAACAACAACCAGCCUCCUCCUCCCAAGCCCAACAACCGCAGAGCCGUGAACCCUCAGGCUGCUCCUCCCCCUCCUCCCAAGGACAACACGCCUCCCCCUCCUAAGCCCAACGGUGCCAGAGCCAUCAACCCGAACCAGCAGCCUCCUCCCCCUCCCGCCAAUGACAACACUCCCCCUCCUCCUAAGCCUAACAACCGCCGGGCGGUGAACCCCAACCAACAGGCCCAGGCUCCUCCUCCUCCCGCCAACGACAACACUCCUCCUCCCCCCAAGCCCAACGGAGCGAGAGCAAUCAACCCCAACCAACAGCCUCCCCCUCCCCCGGCCAACAACGAGCAGCCUCCUCCCAAGCCCAACAACCGCAGAGCGGUCAACCCUCAGGCCGCUCCUCCUCCUCCACCCAAGGACAACAACACCCCUCCUCCUCCUAAGCCGAACAACGCCAGAGCCGUCAACCCCAAUGCGCAGGCGCCCCCUCCUCCUCCUCCCGCGGAGAACCAGCAGGCUCCUCCUCCCAAGCCUAACAACGCCGCUAGGGCGGUGAACCCGAACCAGCAGGCACAGGCUCCUCCUCCUCCCCCGGCUAACGACAACACCCCUCCUCCUCCCAAGCCCAACGGCGCUCGGGCUGUCGACCCCAACCAGAGACCCCCUCCUCCUCCUCCUGCCACCAACCAGCAGGCUCCUCCUCCUGCUAUCUAA